AUGAAUUCGCAAAGUCGCAAAGAUACCAAGGGAACAUCUGCAAAAGUGCAACAGCAACCUCAGGCGCUGUUGCAAGCACUCCCCCAACAGGAAAUGGAACCGGAGUUGCAACAAAAACUGGAGCCGCAGUUGCAACUCCAGCCCCAGCCGGAAUUGCAACUGGGACUUCCGCCGCAGCAGCUGCAGCAGCCACAACUGCAAUAUAACGUUGCUGAACAGCCUCAGAUAUCGCUGCGUCUGCAGCAACCACCGCAGCUGGUGCCGUUGUCCCAGUUGCAACAACAAAUGCAGCAUCUGCACUUGCAGCAAAAUCAGAGACCUCACCGGACCCCGCUGUUGCGACUGCAGCAGCAACUUCAGCAGCAGCACUCGCGGGAGAUCAAAGAGCUGCGGUCGCAGGUGCAGAUGCUGCAGAUGCAGAUGCAACAGCUGCUCCAGCAACUGCCGCAGCAGCAGCAGCAACUGCAAGACCAGCAGCAAUUGCAAGAUCAACAGCAACAUCCAGACCAACAGCUGCUCCAGCAGCAGAAACAGCGACAGGUACACCAACAGCAGCAACAGCAGUACAUUUUACUGUACCAACACCAGCAGUUGCUCCAGCAGCAGCAACAAAACCAGCUGCUGCAACUGUCGCGUCCUGUAGAUGAAAUAUUGCCUCCGCAGCAACCGGUGGUGCCGCUGCAGUUGCAGCAUUUCCAGCAAGAAAGCUCACUGAGAAGUAUAGAGCAGCGGAUGAUUCGCCAAUGCCGCAGGGAAAUGAAUAGACAGCUGCGUGAAGAAAGGGAGCGUCGCGGUCGUGGUCGUGGUCGCGGUCGCGGCCGCGGCUUGGACAGCCAAGCUGGUUGCCCGUGCGGAUAUAUUCCGAAUAUCCUUGGCACGGGACACAGUGCAGCUUGCAUAUGGCGUAUGCCGCCAACCUAA